UGAUGUGUGUCACACCUCAACAGCAACAUUUCAACAUUGACCUUUUGAGGCAGUAUGAAAGAGAGCCUGGAAAUGAGGAUGAACGAAGAAGAAAGAAGCAAGAGGAGGACACGAAACGACUAGCUAACCUAGUCCCAUUCAUGGCUGCAGUGAUUGUGUAUUUUAUGAUUGACUCACAAACUGAGAGUAGUUUUGUGAGUCAAGGUCUUAAAAUGGACUAUAGUGAUUUAUUCAACGAGACGAUUCUUCCAGAAGACUGGACGUAUAGCUUUGAUCCAUUAGGAGUCAUCGUAACUGUCCCUGUCAUGUUGUUCAUCAUCAAGCCAUUAUAUGAACACAUUGCAGGAAGGACAAUGACGGUGUUACCUAGAAUACGAUGGGGGAUGAUUAUGGCUGCACUGGCAUGUGGCCUUGCCAGUCUUGUUGAGUCAAUUAGACUUAGUUGUUGUGGAUUUAAGAAAACAAUUAGACAUUUUAAUGGAAAUACAUUUCAUUAUUGCCAUUCAGGACUUCCAAUAUACACACAGGUGCCUCAAUAUCUAAUCAUCGGAAUGUCAGAAGUUUUAGCAACUGUUGGAUUCAUGGAAUUUGUUCUGUCAACUUCACCACGAGAAUUCCGUUGUACAACAUUUGGAGUUCUUCAAAUGAUGCAAGGUAUAGCAAGAUACUUUGGAGCAUUCUUGUUAUAUAUUAUUGAGAAAAGUCGUCCAACUUGGUAUUAUGUCAGACAAAAAAGUCCUUUGAGAUGCAGUAAUGGUCAUGAUCAUGAGUCAUCUCCAUACUACUAUUAUGUUAUUCUCACAUGGAUGAUGAUACUUAAUGUCAUAUUUUACAUGAUCGCAGAAUUCAGGUAUAAAAAGUAUACCAGAAUGGCUCCACUGGAAAUCACAUAGUCUAGCUGUUUCAGGUCAACAGACACGUACAAAAGAACAGUGUAAAGCACUGUAGUUUUUAUUAGACUAUUAAUUAAAGGGAAACGCUGCUGGGAUUUUUCAUCUGCAAUGUAUACACAGGGGAGUGUACAUGCAUAUGAUUGCUCUGUAUAUUCACCCAAGACAAAAAUGUAUAGACACUGCCGCGCUAAAGGAAACCCUGUAUUGGCUUACA